AUGGAUCGUCCGGCUUCGUGGCUAGACGUGGAGCCGCCUGUUAUCUUCGAGGAUGAAUGUGAUGUUUUCAUCACUGGCACUGGUUUAUUGAACGAGUGGAAAUGGCCUUCCAUCCCGGGGCUGCACAAUUUUACUGGCGAAAUCCUUCAUACAGCUGACUGGCAGGAAAGUUUCACUGCAAACGUAAGUCCCAAGGAAUGGUGAUUGCCCGAAACUAGCUCACUAACUUUCUUCAAAAGAACAAGCGAGUUGCUGUGAUUGGUGCUGGAAGCAGUGGCAUUCAAGUUGUCCCAGCCUUGGUUAAUAAGGUCAAAUCCAUGGGCCACUAUGUGCGCGGCAAAACUUGGAUCGCUACACAAGGCAGCGAAGACAUCUUGAAAGCCCGAACAGCCUUGCAAGUCGGGGAUGCUACCAAUUUUACAUAUGACCAAAAGGAGAAGGACAACUGGAAGCAAGACCUUGAUGCUUACAUUGCGUACCGCAAGCAGCUCGAGUUUCGCCUACAGGGCAGCCAUGAGAUCUCGUACAGAGGCAGUGCUCGCCAUACACAGGCUAGAGUAAGCUAUGAGAAGAUGAUGCGAGACAGGCUCAAAUCAAAGCCUGAACUUCUUGAGCAGCUUCUCCCACAGUUUCCUCCCCUUUGCAAGAGGUUGACUCCAGGACCGGGCUACCUGGAAGCCCUUACUGCCCCUCAUGUGUCUACUAUCUCAUCCCCAAUCGCCUUUAUUGAUGCAACCGGGAUUGUGACCAAAGAUGGCACUAGAAGACCGGUAGAUGCUAUUGUCUGUGCCACAGGAUUCCAGACAACGCCAGGCUCAGGGUUUCCAAUUUACGGCAGAGACCGAAUUAACUUGCGAGAAAAACACAAAAUGCGUCAAAAAUCAUACCUUGGCCUAUGCACAGACAAUUUCCCAAACUUCUUCCAGUCUUUUGGCCCCAACACGUUUCCGGGCACCGGAAAUCUCAUCAUCAUGAUUGAGCAUACCCACAGGUACAUGGCCAAGAUACUACAUCGGCUCGCCUACGGCAAUGUCAGGACCAUAGAACCCAAACGCAAGCAAGUCGACAACUUUACAAACUACUGUGACGAAUACUUUCAAAAGACUGUCUAUACGGACAACUGUAUAAGUUGGUAUAAGAGCCCUGAUGGAAGGUCAAGCGGACAAGAGCGGGUCACUGCGCUCUGGCCCGGAAGCAGUCUUCAUGCUGUCCGAGCCCUCGAGUCAGUCCGAUGGGAUGACUUUGAAAUGGAUUUUUGUGAUGGCAAUGAUUUUGGAUGGUUUGGGGAUGGUUCGGUCCGCGGUGAGCGAAAUGUUAGCGACAAUAUUGAGGAACUGACUUGGUACAUCAAUCAGACUGACUUUCUGCAUAAUCCACUCCCUUCCAAAAUAACAGAGACUCAAGAGACAUAG